UGAGAAGGUCCACGAAUGCCCCCAGAGCACUGUACAGGGGAGCUGUAUGCUCCCUUGGGGGCUGGGGCUUGUCUGCAUCCACUCACCAUGAAGAUCCUCCUGGUCUUUGCGACCUUUGUAACAGCCACCUGCAGCGAGCAGCUUUUCGUGGGGGACCAGGUCCUCCGCAUCACAGCCAGCAACGAGGAGCAGAUCACCCUGCUCAGGGUGCUGGGUGAGCAGGCAGAGCUACAGGUUGACUUCUGGCGUCACCCCACCAGCCCUGGCCGCCCAGCUGACCUGCGGGUGCCCUUCCCCAGCCUCCAAGCAGUCAAAAUCUUCCUGGAGUCCAACAGCAUUUCCUACAGCAUCAUGAUCAAGGACGUGCAGGAAUUAUUGGAUGAGGAAAAAAAAACUAUGAUGAAGUCUAGAAGGAUAGGGAGAAGCACCAAAACAUUUGAUUUUGCCUCCUACCACACAAUAGACGAGAUCUAUGACUGGAUAGACAUGCUGGUGGACGGUCAUCCCAGCCUUGUUAGCAAGAUCCAGAUCGGGCAGAGCUAUGAGAACAGACCCCUGUAUGUGUUGAAGUUCAGCACUGGGGGAUCGAAUAGGCCGGCCAUCUGGCUGGAUACGGGCAUCCACUCGCGGGAAUGGGUCACCCAAGCCACUGGCAUCUGGACGGCCAACAAGAUCGCUGAGGAGUAUGGCCAGGACCCCUCUGUCACUGCCAUCCUGGACAGUAUGGACAUCUUCUUUGAGAUCAUCACCAACCCCGAUGGCUUUGCCUUCACCCACAGCUCCAACCGCAUGUGGCGCAAGACAAGGUCCAUCAAUGCCAGCUCCCACUGCGUUGGAGUGGACCCCAACCGAAACUGGGAUGCUGGCUUUGGAGGCUCCGGCUCCAGCAGCAACCCCUGCUCUGACAUCUACCGUGGUCCCUAUGCCCACUCUGAGAGAGAAGUGAAAGCUAUUGUAGACUUCAUCCACAGCCACGGGAAUAUGAAAUCAGUCAUCUCCAUCCACAGCUACUCCCAGAUGCUGCUCUUCCCCUAUGGCUACAAGACAGAGCCUGUGCCCAACCACCAAGAACUGAAUGAACUGGCUAAAAAGGCGGUGAAUGACUUGGCUGUCCUGUAUGGGACAAAAUACACGUACGGCAGCAUUGUGGACACCAUCUAUCUGGCAGAUGGCACCACCGUCGACUGGGCCUACGACAAUGGGGUGAAAUAUUCCUUCUCGUUCGAGCUGAGGGACACAGGACGCUAUGGCUUCCUCCUGCCCAGCAGCCAGAUCAUCCCCACCGCUACUGAGACCUGGCCAGCGCUGCUGGACAUCAUGGUCUAUGUCCUGGAGCAUCCAUACUGAACCCAGCACCUCCCACGGCAUUCUCUCAUCUCAAUAAAUAAUCCAGGAGAUUCUAUGAUUUAAGGCUGGUGACUUUUCAUGCUAGACUUCAGAAAACCAGUGAAAAAGGAUUCCUAUCCCUGCAGGUGUUUAUUUCCCACCUUGUGGCUUUGGCCCUACAAGUUCCUAUCCUUUGGAGCCAACAGCCCUGAAGGACCUGGGAGGAGAUGUGUGGGUUUUGGGCAACCAAACCCAGAUGUAUGGGGUUUUGGGUAGCAUUGCUCCAUCGUCCACCCCUGGGGGCUGUGGGGAGGGACACCAGGCACCCUCAGGGCCAUCGCUGGGUGUGAAGUGCUUUCAGGCAUUUGUUGUUUUAUUUUUGCCACCUGGGAGGACCA